CACAGUUGGCUACAUACAUACAGGAAAUUGUAAAAAUUCAGACAGUUUAGAAAAUUCUCUUGGAUCUUUAUUUUCAAACAUAAAAAAGACACAUGAAAAUGCAAUAUCAGUUGUAGUUCUCUUGCAAGAUUGCCCUGAAGCAGAAACGACACGCUUUGUUGAUAAAAUGUACACAAGAUACAAAUAUUGGAUCGAAAACAAAGUUUUUCAGGUUGUUAAAACACCGGAGUGUUUUACAAUCAAUACGAACGACAAAAGCCAGUACUGGGAAAAACUCACUUCUCAUAGUCAAGCGUAUAUUAAAAAAGCAAAAACUCUCAUCAGAGAUAUGGCAUUCAUGUGGACAGUUUCUUCCAUCCAAUCGGAUUACUUCAUUCAAUUCACAAAAGACGUAAAGGUUGAAGGUGAUAUCCUGUCUCCCCUACAGACCUUUCAGGGAAACUGGACUGCAAGUCAUUGGAUGUGGGCCGAAACUUUUAAUGGACUUUUACCAGGUAGAAUAUAUAAAACGAAGAGCUUUAUUGAGCUUAUUGAAGUUCUUGACAUAUUUGGAAGUUAUCUUCCAAUCAAUCUUAUAUUGGAAGUCUACGCUAAUAAUUUACGUACAUCACGUGGCGUAUUUCGGAUAAAAUUACCAAUCCGUCGUAAUUUUCUCUUUAACGCUGACAAUCCUGCUGCACUGCUGACGACUUCACUUACCCAGGGAGGCAAAGUGAAGCUUCAAGAUUUCUACGACUAUCGCAAAGGUUAUUUCUGGGCACGGACACCCAAACAAGGAGACUAUAUAUUAAUUAAAUUUACGGCUUUUGUCCAAGUAAAAAGAGUGUUAAUCAAAACAGGAGGUUAUCUGUAUGAGGACGUUUUUCCAGGUGGAGUAGUGUCAGUUAUAUUCAAAGAUGGGACCAACGAUGAUUUACAAUUAUGUCAAAAGACAGGAAAAUUUCAAGCUCUGGUUAAAUUAGAGGAACCGAGUGUCGAAAUAACUGGAAGAAAAAUAACCAGCGCCGCAAUUUGUUGUAUCAAAAUUGAAGUUGAUCCUGUGAGAUCAAAAGAGCAUAGCUCGUGGAUUCUCAUUAGAACUAUCGCAGUAUUCACUAAAUAACAUUUUGGGCGACGUUUCUUCAUUUUAAUAAUUUUCGUUUCUGCGAGUGAUGAAUGGCGAAGAGCCCCCUCAUGCAGUGGUUAUUCUGAUUGAAUCAUCGCAUUUGAUUUGUUCAAGCUUCCUCGAAGUAGCGGUGGCAUAGUGCCGGAAUUCAAAACUGCUAAUAUCAGUAUCAUUAUUAUAGUCGUCAUAUAUAUCAUGCGAGUAUAGCAUUAUUAUAGUAAAGUAUACCAUAUACCACCAAAGUUACUAUAGCGAAAAUUAACAAUUUUUUUCGUCAUAAAUAAAUUGGGUGUUAAUAAAUAUAUAUACAGUCACUAAUAAAUUGGAUAAGUAUACAAAUAUACAUUGUCAUAGACAAUUAUAAUAACGAUUAAUCGCAAUUCACA